GUGCCACUUUGAAGCAGUCUUGCUGCACCAUGGCUACUACCUCAGUGGAUAAUUCUGGUAGCUGUGAGAAGGGGCAGGUGGAGUUGAGCCAGAGUUCCAGGAGCUCUGUUUCUGACUACUCAGAAGAUACGUUUGAGUCCUUCAGUGAGGAGGAAGCCACCUGCUGCCAGCGUGAGAGCGAACCACCUGAACUGUGUUGUUCUGUAGAGGAUGUAGAGUCUUCUGCCAUGUCGGAUGGGUUGGAAGGCACGUCAUGUCUAACAGGCCAAAAUCACACAGAUGAGCAGUCUGAAGUAGUUGGUUCUGCAGCUGUGGAAAGAUAUUUCAUGAGAAAAUGGAUGGAUGUUCUAAAAAAUAAGGAAGCUGCCAUUAAGCAAGGCAAAUCUGUCAGCAAAACUCAUUCUGAAGUUACUGAGUUACCAGAUGAAGAACUGGAUGCUCUCCGGUCUUUUUGCACCGUUAAGAUCAGAAGGAUGCAUCAGGGGCUGAUCUCUAAGCAGGCAAGUGGUGUCAGGUCAAGGAAGCUGCAGCAUGGAUUCACAUCAAAGAAAUCAGAGACAAGUGACUUGAACUGCACAGUUCCUGGUCAGUUAAUGAAUAGAAUCCGCCUGAAGAACAUCGGGGAGACCGUUAAACAGGUGACAGAAGCUCAAGUGCACCAAUCUUCACAGUGCCCUGACUGUACGAAGAAGAAGGCAGAGCUAGCCGAGAUCACCUUUCUCAGACAAAAGAAGGCACUAGUGGAAAGCGCUUUACUCCAGGAAAAAUUGGAAGAACAAAUUUAUUCCAGAGAUGCGCUUACACUUAUAGGAGAAACACUCAGAAGUUUUCCCAAACUUUCAGACGAUCCCAGGAACUUAUGGCAAAGGCUGAAAGACAAAGUUGAAGGAAGGACUGAGUUCUGUGAACAUCCAAAAUCUUCAGCUUCGUUGGAAGGAUGAGAGCCAGAAAUUACAGGAGACCGGCAGCAGCCACCCCCCUGCUGACGUUGCCUGGAAGCCCAGCCAGGAGGCAUUGUGGCCGGCCUCUUCUGCGGAGCUGCUUUCUGGGAUGGGACUGCAGGGAAAGGGAGUUCUGGUCAACUCCAUAUCUCCGUCUCUUUAUCUUGCUUCUACCCACCCAUGUAUUUGGAAAUGAGGGUUUAACAUUUUGUCUUAGUUAACAGAGGAGGAACUUGUUAUAUCUCUGCGAUAGUCUCUGGAGGAAAGCUGUGCACUGAUGGGUUUAGUGGUUGUUCUGAUUGCACCAGCUUGAGAGGAGCCCAGAUUUAGGGUACCAAGAAUGCUCAAACCACUUUAAUUCUCCUCUGCUUCUGGAGAGCAGCUGUGUGUUUGUAUUCUAGUGUUCCUUGCAUCGUUUCUUUUGAAGACUGAACAAGCUGUACCUGCUAUUUGCUUCUACCCACAGCAAUCCAUGCCACCCUCCCAGCACAUUUUCUCUCAUGCUUUGGGGGCAGUCUGCAAACAGAAACUCUGUGUUUUCUGCUUCCUGUGCAUCCGUCUCUGUUCUCCCUUCCCAUGCCAAGAGAUCUGUAUGCCUUCCCUUAGCACUUGACUAAUUAUCGGUUAACUGUUCUGUUCCUGAGUUUUCCUCAAGCUUUUUGCUUAAGCUCUGCUUUUCAAUUGCAAUUGGUUGGUAACAGUUUGCCAAACGUAACACUGUCAGCUGCCCAUGUCUCCAGCUUUUUUGGUCUUUCCUUCUAAGGUACUAGUGCUUCUAGUCCUGAAGGGUGGAACUGAAAGCUGACAGAGUGAUAACGUUUGUCACCAUUAUUAGCUUUUUUUUCCCUCUAUUAAAAUUUAUGCAUGUCUGGCCAAGUUACACAUACUAGUACAGUACAGACAGUGAGUUGUUCAAAAAAGUUAACGUUAGCCUGUGAGGAUCAAUAGGCUAGUGUCCUACAACUUACGGCAAACACAGCCUCCUUCAGAGGGCAGUUGUAGGGACAAGCCUGGUUUAGUCACUCUGAAUUGACCGUAGAGGAAUCAGCUCUCUCUAUGCAGCGACAGGAAUGUCAGGAAACUAGGUUUUCUGGAGCAACGUAGAAGCCUUGUGGACAGCCUGCCCUUAAGUCCAAGCUUUCAUCUGCACUGCUUAUUCUCUUCAUAAUCACAUCACUAAGUCUCAUUGUUAACGCAGUUAAAUGCAGUCUUGAAAACUUGAUUUAAUUUCUGCCUUUACUACUGAGAUUCUAAUGCCAAGUUGCUGAAAAUGAAAUCUUUUUGAAGUGUUCAUUAACUUCAUGUUCCCCAUUUUCCAGAUACUCAGUUUAAGGUGAUAUCUGAUUUGCAGCAGCUCUGUAUACUUAGGUCUUCAGCUGGAACUGAGUUUUCUGCAUUUAAAGCACCGUAUAAUGUUAAGCAUGCUACAAAAAGAAUGCUCUCAUUUUCCAAAUUGGACAUCCACAUUAAUGAAUACUUUUACAACACAGAAACUUUUUAAUCAUUUUUUCAACAGUGUAUCCAGAUAAAAUGGAAGUGCUGGGACAAUAAAUUAAUCAAAAAUGUAUUACUAAUGUGUACCUUAGAAAAGCCAUGAAUAAAUUUAUCAUGUGCUCUCAGAGUAGAGUUUGAGUUUGGUGAAACAAAGUGGGUUAAACUAAGCAGGGAUGAAAUGAUCUUGUUCUAUAAUAAAGCAUUCAAUCAGGGAGUUGUUCAACUGUUUCUGAGUAACCCCCUGUGGAGGCAAGCCAUCAGAAAUGGGCUACACGCUAAACAACAAGAAGAAAACAAAUUCUGAAAAGCUGCUCAUUAACUGAGAAUCAUCCACCCUUUACACUGAACGAGGCAAGGGUCCUGUGGAAAAAAAUAAUGUGGUCAUGUAAGUGAAGGCGGUAGCGUACUGCAUAACGCAAAAGAUUCAAAUUAAGGUUGCAUUGGCAAUUUUAAUUCUGCAAUUUCUUAACUUUUGGCUAUUUGACUUAGCAUUCUCUAUAAUGCGCUUUUAACUUGGAAUAUUGCGUGUAAUAUAUAUAAAUGUUGUUUUUAAAUAAAACUGGUUUGUCUCC